GAAGCCGAGCAAACCAAAAAGAGCCCGACAGUUUCAGAGGUACAAUUUGCUAAAUCUCAAAAACUUCCAGCAUAUCAAAUAAAAUGGCUAAAGAAAUUACACUGACAUGCCUCUUUUUCCUUGUUUUGCCAGGUAAUUGAGGAACUAAAGAAAAUGAGAGACAUAAGUUUUCCCAUAUUUGCAAUCGGCUUGGCUGGCUACCUGAAAAACAUGAUUUCAGUGACAUGCAUGGGAAGGCUAGGGAGCCUCGAGCUAGCAGGUGGAGCACUAGCUAUUGGCUUCACCAACAUCACUGGUUACUCUGUACUAUCUGGUCUAGCCAUGGGAAUGGAGCCACUAUGUAGCCAAGCUUUUGGCUCAAGAAAUACAAGCAUUGCGUCUCUCAUUCUACGAAGAACAAUUCUUAUGCUACUUGUUGCAUCCUUGCCUAUUGGGUUGUUAUGGAUCAAUCUCAAGCCUCUGAUGUUACGUCUCCACCAAGACCCAGAGGUAGUAGAUAUUUCAAGCAUCUACUGCCGGUUUGCAAUCCCGGAUCUUAUUGCUAAUAGCCUCCUUCAUCCUAUACGCAUCUACUCACGAAGCAAGGGUAUUACAUGGCCACUCCUAUGGUGCACUUUGCUUGCCAUAAUUCUUCACCUCCCAAUCACCACCUUCUUAACCUUCAAUCUUCAUCUCGGAAUUCAGGGAAUUGCAAUUUCGAUCUAUGUUACCAACUUUAACACCUUAUUCUUCCUACUUGCUUACCUACUUUACUACACUUAUGCACCAAGUGAGGCAUUGUCUAAACCCCUAGCACCCAAAUCAAAUUCAACUUCGUUAGGGGAAGACUGGAGAAUGCUACUUCGACUUUCCCUACCAAGUUGUCUGGCAGUUUGCUUAGAAUGGUGGUGGUACGAGAUAAUGACACUUUUAGCUGGCUAUCUUGAAAGACCUCAAGUUGCUCUUGCAACAUCAGCUAUAGUCAUACAAACCACAUCUCUCAUGUACACACUGCCUUCAGCACUGAGUGCAUCAAUCUCAACGAGAGUAGGCAAUGAACUCGGAGCAGGCAGGCCAUACAAGGCACGUUUGGCAACAGUGGUUGCCAUAGGCUUGGCCUUUAUAACCUCAGUUUUUGGCUUCUUAUUGACUACCAUAGGGAGAGAAGCAUGGGGGAGGAUAUUUACAAAAGACACUGAAGUCCUAGAGCUAACACUGGCCACACUACCCAUAAUUGGACUGUGUGAGCUGGCCAAUUGUCCACAAACAACAUGCUGUGGGGUGCUCAGAGGAACUGCUAGGCCCUGUACUGCUGCAGGUAUUAAUUUCUACUCCUUCUAUUUGAUGGGAACACCAGUAGCCAUAGCAUUAGCCUUUUUUUGGGGACAAGGGUUUUUGGGCCUGUGCUAUGGGCUUUUAGCAGCUCAAGUGGCAUGCAUGGUCUCUAUCCUGACAGUGAUAAGCAAGACAGAAUGGGAAAGAGAAUCACAAAAAGCAGUAGACUUGGUUGGAGAAACUUGCGAAAAUAGGUACCAAGAUGAAAUUGCCAAAUGUGAAGAAGGACACAACUCUCAGAAACAGAAUAGCUUUGAAAAGGCAAACGGAUUAAGACUCAAAUAGCAAUCUGAAGAUGGUACUAACAGGGCAGAUAUAGCAUACCCAUCAUUUUACUCUAGGCUAUAUGUAUUGUAUCCCGAACUAUUCAUCUACUACUGAUUUUCUGUAUGUAGACUGAAGUCAAACUACUCGUCAAACAUUUAAUAUACGCACUGAAGAAUUUCUGAACUAAUAGCAUGUCCAUUCUUGCCAGAACAGUUCAAUUAACACUCUAGACAAAUGACAUUCUGCUUUCCCUCAGAAGCACAACAAACUUACCA